GACCCGAACGAGCCGACGUACUGCUACUGCGACCGGGUCUCUUUCGGCGAGAUGAUCGCGUGCGAGAACGACGACUGCAGCCGAGAAUGGUUCCACCUCGGCUGCGUCGGCCUCGAGCAUGCGCCCGAGGGCAAGUGGUACUGCGACGACUGCGUGCGCGAGCUUGGCAUCGACCCGGCGACGAUGCGGCGCAAGUGA